CCGCCCUCCGCGGCUUUCGACGCGCUCGCGGCUCGGCUCCUUUUCCCGCUGCCCGGAAACUCGCUGCCACUUGCGGCGGCGUCCACGUUGCCCGGGCCGGAGCGAGCGGGGCUUGCCUGGGCCGGCUGGCCGGGCGAGCAGGCGGGCGGCGGGGCGACGAGGAGGAGGAGGAGGAGGAGGAAGAAGAGCAGCAGCCCCGCCGCGCGCCCUGAGGCGGCGCCCCUCCCCCGCCAGGUGAGGCUUCCCUUCAGGAACUUGCUGCUCAUCCACGCCAGCGGAAAGGAAGAUCGGCUGACGCCAGCUCAUUAGACCUUUGACGCCAUGGCCAAUCCUGCAGGAGGAGAACCGGUCUCCAAAGCUCGGGAGCUUUGCCACGAAUGUGGACAAAUUCACUUGUUGCCAGACAAUCAUCUUUAUAACUUCCAAGAUGAAGUAGAUGACGACUUGACUUGUCACAUUUGCCUUCAGCCUUUGCUCCAGCCUAUGGACACGCCUUGUGGGCACACCUACUGUUUCAGAUGUCUUGAAAACUUCAUGCAGGAGUACAGCUUCUGCCCUAUGGAUCGGAAGAAACUGUCCUUCCAGAGCUGCCGGAAGUCUAGCUUGUUGGUACGGAAUCUGUUGGAUAAGCUCAUUGUCCUUUGUCCUUUUCAAGAAGACUGUGCACAGACGAUGCAACGGUGUGAGCUCGAAGCUCACCUGAAGAACAGGUGCCCUGGCUUCAAGAAAUACACGGCGCGCCUGGAAAGGAAGAGGAACCCUCAGUCCAGGGCGAAGGGAGAGUCUCUUUCCAGGCUGGAAGCAAAGGUCGUAAAAGAUCCCGAGGUAUCAAACGGAGGGUCCUCUUCAGUGACUGGAAGCUCAGAGGCUGCUGUUCUGUCGCCAGAGACCCCAAAUCCUGGAAUGGUUAACCCAGCCUUUGAUGGGAGCGAAGAAGAUUUACCUCAGAGAGCGAGUCUUCUGGCAGAGACAAGCACAAUCGAACUCCACCGAGAGGACCCCGAGGAAGAGCUCGGUAUGCGUAUAGUCGGUGGCAAAGACACACCUCUCGGGAACAUCGUUGUGCAGGAGAUAUUUCAGGAUUCCGUGGCGGCCACAGAUGGAAAACUCGCGCCCGGAGACCACAUCCUAGAGGUGAAUGGUGUGAACAUCAGCAGCGUGACCCACUGCCAAGCCAUCUCGCUCUUACGCCAGCCCUGUGAGGAGCUUCACCUUCUGGUGCUUCAAGAGAAGGGCUUUACCAACCGGACAGGGCCAUCCGUCGUGAACCAGGAAGUGGUCCAUGUGGUCCUCGUCAAAAGAGACCGAUCCGAACCCCUUGGCAUUAAACUGAUCAGAAAAACCGAUGAACCUGGGAUCUUCAUUCUGGACCUGUUAGACGGAGGAUUGGCAGCCAAGAACGGGAAGCUGCGUCAGAACGAUAAAGUCCUUUCUAUAAACGGUCAGGAUCUCCGCCAAGGGACGCCGGAAGCGGCUGCACAGAUAAUCCAGGGCAGUGAAGCCCAGGUGAGCUUCGUGGUUCUCCGUCCGUCUGGCGUGCAACUCUCGGAAGCCGCUGAGGACAGCAGCACUUCCAACGCCAGCAGCGGCAGCAACGGGGGAAGCCCCGUGCGCAGUCGCAGGAAGCCGGAGCAGAGUCACUUCCGGCGAAGGUCCAACUAUCAGAAGAUACUCCCUCAAGGAUACUUCAGCCAGGAAAAGGUGGUUACCAUAAAAAAGGACCCCAAAGAGUCUCUGGGAAUAACCAUAGGAGGAGGAAGAGAUACUAAAGCCAAACUGCCCAUUUAUGUGACCAGCGUCCAGCCAGUCGGAUGUCUCUUCAGGGAUAGGAGAAUUAAGAAAGGGGAUAUACUUUUGAGUAUCAACAAUGCCGAUUUGACUCAUCUCAAUUAUAACGAGGCUGUCUCUGCUCUGAAAUCAAAUGCGGCCUUGCAGACGGUGGCGCUGAAAGCGCUGGAGGUUGUAAUGCCAGAAAAGGCAUCGGAAGGGGCCGAGAGCCUGGACCGGAGGGAAAACGGGCACCGCUGGGCAACCUGGUCUCCUCUCUGGAUCACCUGGCUCGGAUUGCCAAGCCACCUCCACUGCUGUCAAGAUAUCGUCUUGCGCAAAAGCAACUCGGAGAGCUGGGGAUUCAGCAUAGUGGGCGGAUUCGAAGAAAGCAAAGGAAACCAGCCUUUCUUCAUCAAAACCAUUGUGCCUGCCACUCCCGCCUUCUGGGACAGCCGGCUGAAGUGCGGGGACGAAAUUGUGGCUGUCAACGGAGUGUGUGCGGUUGGAAUGAGCAACAGUGAGUUAAUUCCAAUGCUGAAGGAACAGCGGAAUAAAGUGACUCUAACGGUGGUCUCCUGGCCUGGCAGCCUUGUCUAAGGGGCCAAUUGCAAUAGGAUGCUUAAUUGGAAAUGCUUUUGGGGGGAGCUUUUCACUGGAGCGAACCAAUCCAACCGAUGAACGGCUGAGCUGGUCUCAGAUAGGCUUCCUCCAAGGUGCAGAUUUUUCUUUGAUAAAGACAAAUGUAGCUUGUUGUUGUUGCCGAGUGGGAUUUUAGAUCCAUCCACUCAGUAAGUGAAAAGCUGUCCUCUGAUCAGCUGUUGGAGGUGCAUCGUGGUUAGGGUUAUUUUUUUUGUUGAACGGGGAAACUGAGCCACCGCCUGCUUCUCCCAAAUUCUCUUAAAACCUGCUGAACUGAAGGAUGGCAAGCUGAAACUCAAGUGAUUGAUGGCCGUAAUCUUGGCUCUUAGUGAACUGAAGUCGCAACCUUCAAGAUAGUAAUAAUUGCAAUGGGUGAAUCAUUUAGAUCUGUCUCACUGUGCCUUGCAAAGUAGGAGGCAUGGGAACGCUCAACCACUGUUGAGGUCUGUUUAUGCCUCUUGCUCAAUCUGGUUGUUCUGCCUUGAGCCAAUCUCCGAGUUAUGUAACGUGUCACAGCCUUGUUCUUGCUUUCAAGGAGAUCUGG